AUGGCUGAGUGGUUCAGCAAAGAAGAUUACACGGUGGCCUGGAUCUGUGCCCUGGCGCCCGAAUUGGUGGCAGCAGCAGCGAUGCUGGAUGAAGCAUAUGCGCCACCUGCGGCUUUCCGACAGGACCCCAACGACUCCAACGUCUAUUCCUACGGACGGAUAGGACAGCACAAGAUUGUCGUACCUGCGAGCACGACUGCGACCAACCUCUUGCGCAGUUUCCCGAAAAUCCGCUUCGGUCUGAUGGUGGGCAUCGGCGGCGGAAUCCCAGCCCGGAUCGUCGAGGACUCGACCGACGAUAUCCGCCUCGGAGAUGUGGUGGUUUCUAUGCCCCAUGGCGAAUAUGGUGGGGUCGUCCAGUACGACCAUGGAAAGAUCGUCCACGAAGGUCAAUUUGUCUACGCCGGAUCGCUGGGGAAGCCACCGGCUAUCCUCCUGCAAGCAAUCCAGAGCGUCCAGAAACAGCAUGACAUGCGGGGCAGCAGCAUCCCACAACUACUCGGGGAGAUCCUGAAGGAACGGCCUAGGAUGGACGUCAAAUACCGACGUCCAAACACAGAAGACCAUCUGUACCAGGCCGAAUAUGAACAUCCUGCUGAUGUAAAGAACUGCAGCCGAUGUGAUGCACGUCACUUGGUGCAGCGGCUGGCGCGGGAAAGCGACGAGCCCGUCAUUCACUAUGGGCUCAUCGGCUCCGCGGACCGGGUUAUGCUCCACGGCCCGACUCGUGACAAACUCCGCACAGAGAAGAACAUCAUCUGUCUGGAGAUGGAAGCUGCGGGGCUGAUGGACAGCUUCCCCUGCCUGGUGAUCCGUGGGAUCAGUGACUAUGCCGACUCCCACAAAUCGGACCGGUGGCAUGGCUAUGCUUCCAUCGUGGCCGCAGGCUACGCCAAAGAGUUGUUGAAUUUUGUGCCGGAGCUGGCCCGGGAGCCCACGGCGGUGGAACUGAUGUCGGUAAGUGAUCGAUGA